AUGAAGAAUGCUAUGGAGCAUCUAGAGAUGACCAUCGACGAACUUGGCCCAUUCGACGGCGUCCUUGGUUUCAGCCAGGGAGCCGCUCUCGCCGUUGCAUAUAUCUACGACCAACAAGUUCAUGGCAGAAUGGUGCCUUUCAACUUUGCUCUGUGUUUCUCGCCUGUUCUGGCCUUCUCUGCGGACGAACAUUGCACCGAGAGCGUCAUCAAGGGAGUCUGCGCUCGCCGAGUCGACCUUUCGGCACCAACGACCGAAAUCAAAAGCCUAGGUCUUGCAUCUAAAGAGCUCGCUUUCGUCGAUGUAAUCACACGGGUCGUCAUGCCGGCAAAGCGGGCGCAGGCCAUGCUGCCCGAUCAUGACCUGGGUGUCUAUAGUGAUGGGGAUGGAACAGACGCCCCCCGACUGAUGGUUCCGCAGCUUGUCAGCGAAAAGAUCAACAUUCCUACAAUCUUUGUAUCAGGUAAACGCGACAUGAGUUUUAUGCGGGACAUGUCAGAAAUCACUCGGGGACUGUGCAAUGAGAAGAUGAUGAAGAAGCUUGAGCACAGCGGCAGCCAUCAGCCGCCACAGCGGGAGACUGAAGUGCGAGCUGCUGUGCGAGCAAUGGAAUGGGCUAUCGGGCAAUCGAGCAGAAUGGCAAACGUUCAUUUGUAG